UAUUUUUAAAGAAGGGAGUCGUGUCGGAGAGAAGAUAAAAGUCAAAAAAAAAAAAAAAAAAAAAAAAAAAAAAAAAAAGAUAAAAAGUCAUGACAUAUUAAUGAUUCAGAACGUUGUGCUGGAGCUGGCAGAACAGAAAGUAUGAUGAAUAAUUCAAACGAGACAGGAUUUUCCUCACAAGGUCGGAGAACGUAAAAGGGACGGCUUUGGAGAGCUCGGCACUGCCUGGGGACCUCCAUCCAUCGCGGGCUGGAGCCGAGGAGAGCGAGUUGGUGGCACCGGGCAUCCCUGAGCUGCAGGGCUGAGCCCGGACCUUUGGUGCUGGAUGGAUUAAGGGCUGCUCUGGAGCCCGGGUCCUUGCAGGGCACGCAGGCAGCAAUGCCUUAGGCGGCGGUGAGCGACUGGGCUUUCUCACAAAAUGGCUUGAAAGAGGAGGGCUGCUCUGGAAGAUGAACGAUUCCCGGGAGGAUGGCAUGGAUUUAGGCAGCGACGCCGGCAGCAGCCGCUCCAGCUCGGAGUCCAACUCCAGCAAAGUGACUCCGUGCUCCGACUGCAAGUCCUCGCCGUCCCCCAGCAGCUUAGACCUGGCGGCGCUGGACGACGAUUCGGAAGAAGAAGAGGAGGACGACGACGAAGACGACGAAGCCGCCUACCUGCCUCCCCGCUGCCCGGGCCCCGCCGAUGCCCUCCCCGCCGCUCCCGCCCUCCGCCGCUCCCCGCAGCGCUCCGCCGCUCCCCGCCCGCGGUCGCACCACCGCCCGCCGCCCCCGAAACAGCAGCAGCGGCGGAACGGCGGAGGGGCGCCGGGGCCGGGCGGGCGGCGGGCGCGGCGGGGCGGGGGAACGGCUCAACCCCCCCGGGAACCGCAGCCGCCCGCCAUGGACUGGGCGGCCCUGGAGAGGCACCUGGCGGGGCUGCAGUGCCGGGAGAAGGAGCGUGGGCAGAGGGCCAACCCCGCCUCGGCUCAGAAGAAUGAGCGUGAGUCCAUCAGGCAGAAGUUGGCUCUUGGCAGCUUCUUCGACGAUGGCCCAGGGCUCUACACCGGCUGCAGUAAGAGCGGCAAGCCCAGCCUGUCCUCCAGACUCCAGAGCGGGAUGAACCUGCAGAUCUGUUUUGUGAACGACAGUGGCAGUGAUAAGGACAGCGAUGCUGAUGACAGCAAGACAGAAACCAGCCUGGACACACCUUUGUCACCCAUGAGCAAGCAGAGCUCUUCCUACUCCGACAGAGACACGACCGAGGAGGAGUCCGAGUCCCUCGAUGACAUGGAUUUUCUCACCAGGCAAAAGAAACUCCAAGCUGAAGCCAAAAUGGCCUUGGCUAUGGCAAAGCCCAUGGCCAAAAUGCAGGUGGAGGUGGAGAAGCAGAACAGGAAGAAAUCUCCGGUGGCGGAUCUGCUCCCACAUAUGCCUCAUAUAAGCGAAUGCCUGAUGAAAAGGAACUUAAAACCCGCCGACCUAAGAGACAUGACAAUUGGGCAGCUACAAGUGAUAGUCAAUGAUCUUCACUCACAGAUAGAAAGCUUGAACGAGGAGCUGGUGCAGCUGCUGCUCAUCCGGGAUGAGCUGCACACGGAGCAGGAUGCGAUGCUGGUGGACAUCGAGGACCUGACCAGACAUGCCGAGAGCCAGCAGAAGCACAUGGCAGAGAAGAUGCCAGCAAAGUAACCCCAGAGUCUGUGGCAGCAGAGAUGGAGCUCGCCUGUCCCUCGCUUCUGUGUCUGUACACGUGCUGAUGUCCUCAGUGGCGCGCAGCAAAUCAGUGUUAGUCCUUGGUCGUGUCCGAAGCUUUAUGUCCGGUGAUUGGCCUCCGCUUCUUAAUUUAUUUUAAUUAUUUUUUUUCUUUUUUUACUCGUGCCACUCAAUAUCAGGCGUUUUAAUAAUAUUAUUACAGAAAGAUGUACAGUACUUAUAACGUUAUAAAACAUGGCUGAGGAGAGAGGGCAGUUUAACUUUAUUUUUGUUUGCUUAGAGGUUUUACGUUGGACGAUAUUUUACCAUUGACUACUUUUUUAUUCUUCACUGUAGUUUUAAAUAAAGAGACUGUACUUGACGGUGCUAUACAAGUCCAAAAGACAUGCCUGCCUCGUAGUGACGUCGUAACCUUCGGUAAUAUGUACAUUUUAAUCAGUUUUCAACAUUUUGUGAAUGUUGACUACCUGACGUUCAUUUUUAGAUGUGCUAUUAACAUUGAGUUGGGUUUCAAAGAGUUACCUGGAAAGUUUUAUGUAUAAAGAUGUAAAAUAAACAUUUAAAAACUUG